CGGGGCGUGGGCUGAGCUCAGCGCUUGGCUCCGCUCCGGGAUCCCGGGCCGGGAAUGUCGCUGCGAGCGCGGAACGGGGCGGCUGCGGAGCGGGGCCCCAUGGAGGGCGCCGCGCCCCCCCCGGGCUGCUCGGCCACGUGGACGGAGGACGGCCGGCGUCGGGAGCGGCGCUGGGUGAAGUACGACGGCAUCGGGCCGGUGGACGAGACGGGGCUGCCGCUGGCCUCGCGUUCUAGCGUGGAUCGGCCCCGGGAUUGGUACCGCAGGAUGUUCCAGCAGAUCCACGGCAAGCUGCCGGAACCGGAGUGGGACACACCGUGCUGCACUGCAGAUCUGCAGACAUCUCAACCACCCCUGGAUCCUCCUGCGCUGCCCAACGGCUCGGAGCGGACCCCGUGGGGCGACGCCGAUGGCACCGCGGAGCCGGGCGGCAUCUUCGAGUACGGAGGUGGCACGGCGCCGGCACGGCGUGGGCAGGUGGCAGCUCACCGUGGGGCGCCCCACAGCAGUGUGGGAUCCACGCACCGUGAGCCCGCAUCCCCUCUGCAGCCCCCCAGAGCUGCGCCUGCGCUGCAGCCCAUCGAGGUGCAGCUGCAGCGGGAAUUGGAACAGCUGAGCGCUGAACUGGAUGAGGACAUUCGUGCCAUGGAGCGGCUGCAGCAGAGCCCCGCUGCCCGCAGCGCCCGCAGAGCAUCGCCGACCCCCACGGCCCCGCUGAGCGCGCUGUCCCCCCAUGGGCUGCAGGGCCGCCCCCCCGCUGUCCCCACGGGGGGCUCCGUUGAGCAGAGCGGCAGAGAGCCCCCCCCGCCCCCCGCCCUCCCCAUCGCAGCGGAUUUGGGGACCCCCGCAGCGCCCGCCCGCGGUGCAGCGCAGAUGGCGGCCGCACGCCUCAAGUUUGACUUCCGUGCCGAGUCCCCCAGGGAGCUGUCGCUGCGCAGGGGCGACGUGGUGCUGCUGCACGGCGCUGUUGACGCCAACUGGCUGCGCGGGGAGCAUGGCGGCCGCGUGGGCAUCUUCCCACGCACAUACGUGGAGGUGCUGCCCCCCGGAGAAGCAACGCAACCUGGGACCCCAGCGGCAGCGCAGGGCUGCGCGACGGCCGUGUUCAGCUUCCAUGGGGAGCUGCCUGUAGAGCUCAGCUUCCGCAGGGGUGAGCAGCUCUCCCUGCUGCGCCGCAUUGACGCCCAUUGGUACGAAGCACAACCUGUGGGCGCUGGGCGCCGUGGCCUGGCUCCCCGCUGCUUCCUGUGUGUGCACCGCGAGCCGGGGGGCGGCCCCACAGCCCACCAGCCCCCAGCCCCACAGGUGGGCGCAAAGCAGGGCCCUGCUGACCCCGCCGGGCGCCCGCCCUCCCCUCGGCACCAGGAUCUCCCCCCCCACGCCGGCCCCGCUGCACCGAACCCCUCUGUGGGGCCCCAAAAGCAGGGGCGGCCCGACAUCACGCCAUCAAUGGUGCCCCCUAUCAGCCGUCCCUGUGCUCUAAAUGGGGUUGCCCCACAUUGCCCUUAUAGGGCAGCCCCGUACCCCGUAGGAGCGGCCCCCUAUCGCCCCAUAGGGGCAGCCCUACGUGACCUCUCCCUUCUCCCCGCGCAGCCCCCAUCCGCAGGAGGAUCAGCCCCGCACCCCCAGCCCACCUCCCCCCACCUCGGCUCCGAGAUCCGAUGGACCCCGCAUCGCGUGCUGUACGACUACCGACCCCAAAACGGCGACGAGUUGGAACUGAGGGAGGGGGAGCGCGUGGAUGUGCUGCAGUGCUGCGAUGACGGCUGGUUUGUGGGAGUUUCCCAGAGGACGCAGCAAUUCGGGACGUUCCCUGGGAACUACGUGGCCCCGCUGUGAGCCGCUGCCACCCCACACAUCUCUGGGGCCAAAGUGCCUCCAGUUCCUCCCAGCCCUGUGGUGCCCCAAGCAGCGGCCGAUCCUGGGACCUCGCUGUGCCCCUGUGCUUCCAUGCUGCCUCCCUGCCCCACUGCUGUGGGUCCCAGCUCUGCUCUGUCCCCCAUUAAAGGCAGCUCAGCCCCGUG